CAGGACCUGCCGGCCAUGGAGAAGGGAAACCACACCAGCGCCUCAGAGUUCAUCCUCCUGGGACUCUCCAGCCGGCCCGAGCGGCAGCAGCUCAUCUCUGGGCUCUUCCUCGUCCUGUACCUGGUCGGGGCGGCAGGGAACCUGCUCAUCAUCCUGGCCGUUGGCUCCAGCUCCCCCCUGCACACACCCAUGUACCUCUUCCUCAGCCACCUCUCCCUGGUGGAUUUCGGCUUCCUCUCCGCCACAGUCCCCAAGAUGCUUGUGAACGUCUGGACGCAGACCCAGUCCAUUCCCUACGGCGGCUGCCUGGCCCAGAUCUACUUCUGCAUCUUGCUUGCCAACAUGGACAACUUCCUCCUGACGGCCAUGGCUUACGACCGCUACGUGGCCAUCUGCCACCCCCUGCACUAUGCCACAAUGCUGAGCCCGCGCGUCUGUGCCCUGCUGCUGGGGAGCUCCUGGCUGCUGGCCAGCCUCCACUCCCUGCUGCACACCCUCCUCAUGGCCCGGCUGGAGUUCUGCGCCGGCACCGCCAUCCCUUACUUCUUUUGUGACCUCCUUCCCCUGCUCCGGCUCUCCUGCUCCAGCACUCGACUCAACCAACUCGUGAUUCUGCUGGUGGGGGGCCUGAUCGUCCUCGGCCCCUUCCUCGGCGUUCUCGUCUCCUACGUCCACAUCGUGUCUGCUGUGCUCGAGGUGCCAUCUGCCCGGGGCAGGCGGAAGGCCGUUUCCACCUGUGGCCCCCACCUCACUGUCGUCAUCCUCUUCUACGGGACCAUCGCGGGGGUCUACCUGAGUCCCUCACCCUCCCGCUCAGCUGGCAGGGACUCGCUGGCCUCUGUAAUGUACAUGGUGGUCACGCCCGCCCUGAACCCCUUUAUCUACUGCCUGAGGAACGAGGACACGAAGGGAGCCCUGAGGAAACUGGUCAGCGGGAAGGCUUCAUCCCACCGGCUGUGA